AUGCCAAAAGCAAGUGAUGGAUACGGUGGAAAAUUUGGUGUACAGAAAGAUCGUAUGGAUAAAAGCGCCGAAACAUGGGAAUAUGCUGGAAAAGUGGAUAAGCAUGCAUCGCAGAAGGACUACUCGAAAGGUUUUGGUGGAAAAUAUGGUGUUGAAGCGGACCGGCAAGAUAAAAGUGCCCUCGGCUGGGAUGAGAAGGUGAUGCUGGCGCAACAUGAAAGUCAGAAAGAUUACGCGAAAGGUUUUGGCGGAAAAUACGGUGUACAAACGGAUCGAAAAGAUAAAAGUGCCUUGGGUUGGGAAGAACAGGAGAAGUUGCAGCAGCAUGAAAGUCAAAUUGAUUAUAAAAAAGGUUUUGGUGGCAAAUUUGGUAUCCAGGAAGAUCGCAAAGAUAAAAAUUACAAAAAAGGUUUUGGCGGUAAAUUUGGAUUGCAGAAAGAUCGCCAGGAUAAAAGUGCCGCUGGCUGGGAUGAACAUGAAAAAGUAGCACCGCAUGAAAGUCAAGUUGACUAUAAGAAAGGGUUUGGUGGAAAAUUUGGCAUUCAGGAAGACCGAGUUGAUAAAAGUGCACUUGGUUGGGAUGCACAUGACAAAUUGCAGCAGCACGAAAGUCAAACAGAUUACAAGAAGGGUUUUGGUGGCCAAUUUGGCUUGCAAGAUGAUAGACUGGAUAAGUCAGCUGUAGGAUACGAGUAUCAGGAGAAGCUUGCUCAACACGAAAGUCAAAAAGAUUAUUCGAAAGGUUAUCUAUUCGGAAAGAAAAAUAUGAAUUAA